AUGGACUCUCAGCGUCUAUCUGAUACAUCUGGUCAUGCUCAUUUAUUAUUCGCAUACUUAAGCAAUAAGCUCAACAACACCUCCAGCAGCACGGAUCUUCUCCUCGGCCAACUUCGAAACGUAUCUAGCCUUCACAAUGACUGGAACUUCUGGCAAUCUUCCCUUACCCAAAACCUUUCCGUAUCCAGAGGCCAAGGUGUCGAUGACAACAGCGGAAUCUUUGGUGCUAGAAGCGAUCUUCUUGUCCUUCUCCUCAACCAGAGACCACAGCUUGUCAAGGUUGAUGACUGGGCUCCAGAAGUGGGCUUGUUGCUUGUGGAAAUAUCUCAUACCAACUUUACCAAAGUAACCUGGGUGGUAUUUGUCCAAGUUGGUUCUGUGGUGGUGCUGACCACCGGCCAUACCUCUACCACCGGGAUGCUUUCUGUGCUUUCCAACACGACCCUUACCGGCCGACACGGCAGAGUUCUGGAAGAUGAUUCCAACACUGAGCGCGAUGGAAGCAAGGCCCAUCACCGCGACGGAGCCCAACAGCAUUGGUUUGCGGCCGAGUCUGUCGAGGAACAGCGACGCGAUGAACGUAAUGACCAUGUUUCCGGUGCUGAUGAGACAGUUGACCAGGAUAGCGUGUGCAGGGAACAGUCCUGUGAGGAUUUUCACUCCGUAGAACACGAUCGAAUUGAUUCCGGCAAACUGCUGGCCAACCAUCGCGAAGGUGGCCACUAUACGCGAGUUGGAGUAGUUUCUAUUGCUCAGGUAAGUGUAGAACGAGAGGUUCUGCAAUGA